CGACGAGAGGGCGGUACAGCCGGUACAAAUUACCGGGGCCCGGGCUCAUGGGGGGCCCGGGCUCGAGCUCCAGCAACAAGAAUUUUUUCAUUGAUAUUUAUAAUUACAUAAAAAAAAUGGAACUGAUGAAGAUUGUGUGAUUCCUUUCAAUCUUAUAAAACAACAAUGUAAACAUUCAAGAUUGUCCAUGCUAUUAGAUAGCCUACAUAGGCAAUCUUGAAUACAUAAAUCAGUACAACAUUGCCUAAAGUAUUGACCCGCUUCAGCUCUACGCUCUGGUCACGUUCCCGCCCCUAUCGUCAAUUCAACGUAGAUCGUUUCGUUUACUGAAUUUUCGGGGAAUCCCUGACCUGAUCGAUGUUCAUUGUCAUUGUUGUCAACCGAAUUCGUUGCUUGCUAUUCUAUUAGUGAAUAUUUCUCCGAGUUCAUACUCAUAUUGAUUGGAUAUUGGAUUAUCGUUAGUGUGUUUUGUGAAGUACGUUGUUUGGAAUAAUCUGAAUGAAGAUGAGUUAUCAUCAUAAAUCUGGCUCCCAAAAACGUAAAGAGCAACAGCAGAAGUUGGAGCACAUGAGAAAAGGAAGAAGAACUCUUGAAAACCUUGGGUUUACUACCUCAAAAGUAACUCCAGGCAUUUCAAAAGUGAAUGAAACCUGUGAUGAAGUUUCAGAAACCUCCAAUAUAUCAUCGCCUGGUCCUGUACCUUCACCUUCAAGCCCCAUUUCCAGUAGUUCUGUUGGGCAAAACGAUGAUCUCCUACGAAGUGGAAUCAUUUCAAACGCAGUUAAAGUUGAUAGCAAUCAAGAUAAAUAUGAAUAUCGAUAGUGGAGUACACUUCGAUAUAGGAAAUUUGAGAAACGUUACUCCCGUCAUUAUUGAAGAAGCUGUGAGAAAAGGACCUGAACCCAUUCCAUCACAACUUCCUCCUGAUAGCAACGGAAUGCCAUUUCCCAAAUAUCUAUUAAAUUUAAACAUGAAAAAUGGGGAGGUUGUAUCAAGAGACUGGCUAACUUCCUCGAGGCAAGCACUGUUCUGUUUUCCCUGUAGGUUAUUCAAUAAAGCAACAAGGUCACAACAUUCUUCUCGGUUUGUAACUGAAUAUGGUUGGAGUCCUACAAAUUUCUACAGAAAAUUGUAUAACAGAAUUCCUGAACAUGAAAAUAGUAUCGGUCAUCGAUCAUCAUACCUAGAGUGGCGGGGUAUAGAACAAAAUAUUUUCAAUAAAAAGAAUAUCGAUAACUUAGUAUUGAAAUCUUUAGAAAAAGAGAAAGAGAAGUGGAAAGAACUAUUGCAAAGAUUUCUUCAAGUGAUUCUAUUUUUAUCUGAAAGAGGACUAGCAUUAAGA